AAUCCCACAAUUUCAGCAAUCUCCUUCUUCCUUUCCAAAAACAAAAAACCCAGCAACUCAAGAUGCUUCCCUAUCAAAUUUACGCUCUCACGAUUUUGUUUUCCCGCACUAAUUUCCCACUCUCCCAGCAAUCUCAAACCCACGAUCUUCAAUCUCAAACAUUGAAAUCAAACCGUAAAAACAAAAUCAAUCUAUUUCGACCUUCUUCAAACCAUUCCCAAAAAUUGAACUCAAACCCUAGAAUCGAAAUUGAUCGUCUUCUAGCUUCAAACCCAAAGGAAUCAAACUUAGAUAGAAAUCAUUCCUUUGUAAUCAAACUCAGACCAAUCAGAACUUCCCAAAGAAAUCGAAGUUAGAGCCAUCGUUAUCCAUUAAUCUUUCCUCUUCUCACAUCGUUCUCAAAUCGAAGUUAGAGCCAUCGUUCUCACAUCGUCACUUCUGUUUCAGGUGAAUGGCUUCUAAUAGUCCAAAAAAAAAAGGAACACGUGGUGACUCUGAUGCGAAAAAUUUUCAAAGCUAAAAGUAGUGGAAUUAAGCUGGAAGUUACAUGGAAUAAUAGAGGGCAGUCAAUUGGACGUAACAGCAGAUACUUAAGUAGUUACAUUGGUCUCACCGCUCGUCGGAUAGUUCCAAUUUAUUUUGACCGUUGGAACGCGAAAGAUGAAACCGUAAGACCUGCCUAUGAUGCUUAUAAAAAAGAUAUUUGGGACGAAAUUAGAUCAGCUUUUGAAAUUGGCGAUGAACAUUACGAUUAUGUAAUGACAGUAGCUGGAACUUGUCUUAGAGCAUUUAGAACCAAGUUGACAACAGAGUAUCUAAGAGAUGGUGAUGGUAAUGUUAUUAGACAACGGCCGAGUAAAUAUUCUCAUGUAAUUGAGCAAGAGCAUUGGGAUAUUUUUGUUGCUAAGCGUGAGACUGAAGAAUUUCAGAAAAUUAGUAAAGAAAACCGAGAAAGGGCAUUAAAUCCUCAACAUCCAUAUAAAAAAGGACGUCUAGGAUAUGCUCGUCUUGAAGAUGACAUGAUAAAAGAAACGGGAGAACAGAUUAUACCCCGUGUUAAUGUUUGGGUGUCUGCUCGUGUGGGUAAGGAUGGAGAGAUUGAUGAAAAUGUUCAGAGUGUGAAGGAUAAAUGUGAUGAGUUAACACAAUCUUUAACGGAAGAAGAGGAACAAGACCUUGCUCCUACUGAUACGCUAUUUAAGGCUCUAGAUCUCCCAGAGUACUCUGGUCGUGUUAGGAGCUAUGGUAAAGGGGUAACUACUAACUAGGAAACGAUUAUAUGCACCUAGAAGUAACAGCACACAAGCACAGGUUAAUGAGAUCAAAGCCAAAUUAGAGCGGCUAGAGAAGCUACACGCCAAUGAAAUAACAGGGAGACAACAACCAGAGAAAAUGGCGGAGAGACAACAACCAGAGAAAAUGGUGGAGAGGCAAAAACAACCUGAAGAAGUUAUUCUUCCUUUCAAUCUUUGUUUCAAGACAUUUGAAAGUCUUGUUAUGAUUAAGCCCUGCAUUUGAGGGUUGUGGAUUCAAAAUGACAUCAAUAUCUACUCAGCAACAGUUCUGAUAUGCCCAGCCACCGUCGAAGCCUAUUAGAGCAUUCACUUGGCAAGGUCACUGAGAACUUAUAUUUUUGGUUGGUGUCUCCCGGUAUUAAAGUUUAUCAUGCUUCUUUUUAAUUGUGAAACUUCUCAAUAUUACUCCCAAAGACAUGACUUUAAAUUUUUUAAAGAGUUACAAGCUUGUCUUAUAGCUUUCAAAGAAUUAGCUUGAUGUGGUGAAGGUCAAAUGACAUUUGACGUAAUUCUGUAUGGGUAGUUCAAUGACAAUUUUCUAGAGGUUAAGAAGCUCUACAUCCAGAGGAAAGAUUAAAUCAAAUAGUCGAAAAAGAUCUAAUGACAAAGUGACUUUGUUAAAUGGGAAGAAAUGGUCCACGUUGCACUCAUCUGUAGACAUUUUAGGUGACUCUGUUGAUUAUGUGUAAUUGCAUAUGCCUCUAAGCAUUAGUACUCAGGCAUCACAUGAGCUAAACUAAGACUUUUCUCUUGUACUAAAGAUCAACGAUUUAGAAACUGAGUGGUGUCAUUCAUACAUGCUAUAAGCAAAGGAUUGAUUAAGUUUGAAAUUUUGAGUUGUAUUUUGUUGUUGGAUUAUUUUAUAUCCCAUACUUGGUUA